AUGACACACGAGGUGUUGGAGCGUAGGACACGGAUACCCGCGGAAUUACCCGAAAGUAGAAGAUUGCCGACCAGGUUUUACGAAGAACAAGUUCUCAAUCUAAUCGAACUGUAUCCGUUGAUCGGUUCCAGGCAGAUGUUCCCUCAAAUGAAGUUCCGAGUUUCCGGAUUGGACGCGAAGGCCAAGUACAUCCUGCUGCUGGACAUCGUGGCCGCGGAUGACUACAGAUACAAGUUCCACAACAGGUGGAUGGUGGCGGGGAAGGCCGACCCGGAAAUGCCGAAGAGGAUGUACAUCCAUCCGGAUUCGCCGAGCAGCGGUGAGCAAUGGAUGCAGAAGGUGGUGAGCUUCCACAAGCUCAAACUCACUAACAACAUCAGCGACAAGCACGGCUUUCCGCAAAUAGCGAGGAAAAGCGUGGUAGAAAGAUUGCUAACUCCGCGUCGUUGUUGCAGAAGGCAGGCGCUGUUGACGGUGUCAGGCGGCGGUUCCCGUCUGACGACAGGUGGGCCGGCAUCCCCCGAGAAGCGGCGCUCGUCCAACUCCGUCAACGACCUGCUGGACGACGAGGACAAGCUGCUGGACGUGGUGGGCCCGGACACGCCGCACCCGGCGCACCAUCAACGGGAGCGCGAGCACAGCCGCGACAGGGAGGACCGGACGAGCGAGAGGGGCGAGGGGAGCGAGUCGUCGGGGUCGGAGAGCGGGGGAGGCGGGCCGGGGCCGGCGGGCUCGGAGGGGCCCAGGCCGGACGUCUCGGUCGGCCCGCCGCUCCACCCGCCCCUUCUCCCCUACCUCUACCCCCCCGUGCCGGGCCUGUACCCGGGCCCGGGCCCCCUCAUACCCCCCAGCCCCCUGGGGAUGCACGCCGGGGUGACGCCGGGCAUGCUGUUCAACGCGCAGCUCGCCCUCGCCGCGUCCCAGCACCCGGCCCUCUUCGCCCACUACCCGCACCCCCUGGCCAGCCCCCUCCACCAGCUCAAGGGCCACCGUUUCGCCCCGUACACCCUCCCGGCCCCGUCCCACGGCUCGGCGUUCGAGACGGUGACGCCCGGCAGCAGGACCCUCAGCCCGAGGUCGCCGCCGCCCAGGCCCCCGACCGGCUCGCCGACGCCCACGCCGGCGGGCCUCGCGCCCGGGGGGGCGACCGGCUCCGCGGGCGAGUUGAAGUCGAUCGAGAACAUGGUGAACGGGUUGCAGGAGAAGAGGAGGCGCAGCCCGAGCCUGACGCCCGGCGGGCACAGGGGGGACGCGGACGCUGGGGGAGGGAGUCCGUGACAGGAGAACGAGCCCGUGACCAGCACGAACGGUGACGACCCGGCGGCGGCGGGCGAGCAGGUGAUCCUCGGGCCCUGCGCCGAGACCACCGAGCACCGGCUGUCAGGCGACGAGAGGGAGCCGGACUCGACCUCCGAGCCGUCGUAGCGGGGGAGAAGAGGAGGGUCGUCGUCGUCGCCGUCGUCGUCGU